UCGUCGUACACAGGGAAGUUUAUUUGAUGUUUUGGGGGAUUUUGGUUGCAUACAAUAAAGGUGACCGGGAAGAAAUUUAGUGACUCACAGUUGGAAGUACUUCGCUGAUAGCAAAGACAUCAAAAUGGGUGUCUUGGAAGACGUAAUUUUGAGCAUCAUUACUGUGGCUAGUGGAACAAUUUUCUCUAUAACCCCUCAAAUUGCCAAACAGAUAAACGCAACAGGAACACCAGGUUUCCAUGAGCACACCUUUGAGCAUCCAUUUAUGCUGAUGGCUUUCCAGUUCAUAGCUCAAGCUCUGUGCAUUCCUAUAUGGCUUAUCAUCACACCUGCCAUAGCGAGGGAAAACAAUCAGGCGCAAGAGAAUGCUGCAGAGAGACAGCAAGCUUAUGAUGUUCCUAUUCUCAACAAUGAUGAGCCUAACAUUCAGGAAAAUGAUAAUGCCGAUGAUGAUGAUGAUGUGCCAUUGCUUAAUAAUGAAGUACAGCCCAAUAAUCCAGCUUGGCACAACCGACCAGUUGAUCAAAGGAAGUUCAACAAGUUUCUUUUCCUUGUGCCGGCAUUUUUUGAUCUCUCCAGGACAGCACUGCUGUAUGUGGCACUUAGGCUGUCAUACAAUUCCAGCUACAUGAUGAUCAGAAGUGCAGCAGUACUGUUCACAGUACUACUGAGAGUUGCCUUCCUGUCCAAACACAUGGCAAAAUACAUGUGGGUAUCCAUCUUCAUGGUUAUUGUUGGACUUGGUCUUAUUGGCAUGACAGAUUAUGUCUAUGACACUCCCAGGGGGUAUGACCAUUAUGGACUUGCAGCAGGUGACUUGCUUAUCGUGAUGUCACAGAUCAUGAUUGCCAUGCAGAUUGUUUACGAAGAGAAAUUCAUGGAUAAACACUCUAUUGAUCCCCUAAGAGUAGUAGGUCUUGAAGGGUUGUUUGGGGCCAUUGUUUCAAUCACUCUCCUGAUUCCAUUCUCAUUCGUGAGCUCUGGGCCUUUCAGCAAACUUCCAAACUCUCGAAUUGAGGAUAUCAAGGAUGCCUUCCUUCAGAUGCGCAGCAGCUGGAUUCUGGCCCUUUGUGUUGUUGGAUCAGUAGUCAGCAAAGUGAUAUACUACUAUGCUGGCACCAGACUUGUGCGCAACCGCCAUGAUUCGGCCACGCGCAUCACUAUCGACGUCCACCAUGAUCUAAUCAUCUGGGCCAUAUCCUUGCGCCUAGGAUGGCAGAAGUUCUUCUAUCCUCAGAUCAUUGGCUUCAUUUUAGUGCCCAUUGGUAUGAUGAUAUACAAUGAUGUCUUGCCCCUGUGCGCUGUCUGCAGACCUCCAGAAGUCCCACGUCCAGCUGGACCACUGCCAAAUGCUGAAGCAAUUAAUCUUGAGCACAAUGCUGUGGCUGAUGGACAAGGCAAUCAUGCUGAACAAGUUGAUGACUGAUAACUGACCUUUUUGUGAACAUUCGUCUCCAUGAUCAGCAUCACACAAAAUCAAAUACACUCGACUGUGAUGAAGUUGGUUUCAAACAUUCCUUUUGCUUCGAACAUGCCGGCUGCAUUUAAGAACAACAAAUGUUCUUGUUGACAUGUUUUGUUAUGUGCAGAUUAAAAGGAUUAUCAUGGAAAGCUUAUGUAUGAUUUCAAUUGCAGUAGCUUAUGUACAUAGCUUUUAUGUUCUUAUAUCAUUUUUCUUUGUUUGAAGGUGUGAUAUUUAGGCAUACAACUGCUGUGCUGCUUCAGUAAUUGAUACCAUAAACACAUUGGGAUAUUACAACUUGUAUUAACCAGUGUGUUAGCAAAAAAUAACACUGUUAACAUUACUUACAGUAGUAGUAAAAGAAUUGCUUUAACCAUACAGCUUCAGCAUAGACAGAUAUAAGUAUCUUUUUUAUCUCUUAGGCCAAUGUGAUAAUGAGACGAAGAACAUAGAUGGUAUGACCCAAAAAAGUUGAGCAUUUUGAGAUGGAGAAGUCUACAAUUGUUCCCUCUUCUCUCAAGCUUUUAGGGUGAUGUGUUCAAAAUGUGUCCUGUCUUUGUUAUCUGCUUUUAAAAUAAUGGACAUUCUCCUUGAAUCUUUCAACUUCUGUGCAUGUAUAUGUCCAGUAGUCAAUGGUUACGUUGGCUUACAGAAUACAGAUGUUUGGAGAAUAUAUAUAUGCUUUCUUAGAAUCUAACAUUUACGAAUUUGAUUUUGAUUAAAAUUGCUGGUUUCCAUCUAUUUUCAAUGAAGGUGACUUUAAAUACAAGUUUUAUUAGACCUUCCCAUUAGAAAUGGUGUGAAUUGUAUAAUUAUAAUUUUUAUGGAUAUUGAUAUGAUUUAGAGGUGGGUAUCUUGAUUUGAUGGCUCAUUUUCAUUGCAUUAUGAGUAAAAGGGAUUUGGAUUUAGUAUUUCAAACAUCCUUUUUUCCUGGCUUUAAAUUGACGCGUGCAUCCACAAUUUUCCCCUAGUUAUUGUAAUCUCAUUUACAAAUAUGUAGAGAAACCGAUAUGCAUCUUGUAAGAAAGUUUCUAUGCUCAAAUUAUAUUUCUUAAUUUGUGGGUAUAUUUUUGUGUUCGAUGUACUGUAGAUGUUCAUAGCACUGUAUGCACAUUUUAACUCUUUCAAUGCAGCUAUGAUGAUGUUCACAUUCGAGGGUGCAAACUGUAUAGGAAGAAUAAACAUGGAAUUUACGUAAAACAAUUAGCAAAAGGCAAGCUUUCAAAGAUUGAUUUGUAAUUUAAUCACAUGAAUUUUUCUUCCAUUACCAUCAAAGAAUACCAAAAAUUCUAGUCACUGCCCUAAAAUGGUAUUAUUAUUUCAAAUUUUUAGUUCUCAUAAUUUCGUUUUUGCUAGCUUUGUAUUUUGAUGCUGACUGGAAUUUCUAGUAGCCAAAUUUGUAUUUGCAAGACAACAUAAAAUUUUGUCUUUGUUGGGCAGUUUGUCCAUUUGUUAAUCUAUCCUGUAAUUGCCAUUCCAGAUUAUUAAUGUUGUUAAUCUGUUUUUUCCUUUUUUCCUCUUGCUCUCUUUCACACACACAAACAUGCACAUCCACUCUGGCCUUUUUUCAUUUACACUACUGAUCCAUCUAUGUUAAUGUAAUGUGUUUUAUGUGUGGCAAGAAAUCAUUAUCUCUUUUGUAGAUAUUUUGCUUUAAUGGCUAAAAAGACCUUUUGUUGAUUUGUGAUAUUAUUGCCAUUGGUAAGUUGAGAUGAAGUCUCUUUACUGGAUGUCAGCUAAGAGUCGAAAUGUAGACAAAAUCUGAAGUAGAUAAAACAGAAGUAAUAUUAGCUCAGCUAAAUUAUUAGAGUUCAGAGUAGGGGAUGUUUAGAAUUAUAUUGAAUAAGUGAUGUACACAUCUCUCAGUUCAGGCUUUCUUUUACUAUUAGAUCUAGAGAAAACAUACAUCCUUAUGCACAAUCUAAGGAUUACAGAUAUUCAGUUUUAUAAGGAGUAAAUACACAUGGUGCCUUUAUUGAUUACAUAUGAUUAUAUAUAUAUUCUAAGAAAAAAAAUUGGAUCAAAUGUGAAAUUUGUGAAUAUUAUCAGAUGAGAAAUAAAAUCUAUCAAGUGGC